GGCAGCAGCACAUUGCAGGAAGAGCUUCAGUUAAUGUUCCUAUCAGAUUGGGGAACAAUGUGAUCUCAGAGACUUUGACUGUAAGCAUUGUUGUUGGUUCCGGAUAGGUUGGUUUGAGUAUUUCAGAAACUUCUGAUCUCCUGGGAUGUUCACACACAAUAGUCUCUAGAGAUUAUACAGAGUGGUGUGAAAAACAAAAAAUAUCCAGUUAGACCACAUCUGUUUUUUUCCCCCCUUGUUUUUAUACAGCUAAUAUACAUCUUAUUUUCAGUGAGCCUUCUGCCAACUGUGGGUUCAGACUCCUGUUCUCGGCAGACAGGAGUGGAACCUGAUGUGAUCUUCUGUUGUUAUAGCUCAUCCGCCUCAAGAUUUGGCACAUUGUGCAUUCUGAGAUGCUUUUCUGCUCACCACGGUUAUAAAGAGUCAUUAUUUGAGUUACUGUAGCCUUGCUAUCAGCUCUAACCAGUCUGGCCAUUCCCCUCUGACCUCUCUCAUCAACACGGCCUUUCCAUCCACAGAACUGCCACUGUUUUUUUUUUCUUUGUGCCGUUCUGUGUAAAUUCUCUAGAGACUGUUGUACAUGAAAAUCCCAUAGCUGCUUUUUGAUUUUGAUUUUUGAUUUGGUUUUCUGGUUUAAUAAAAGUGUCAGCAGUAAAAUAUUUGCACAAGAGUAGCUGGUUUUCUUAAUUAAUAAUAAUAUUAAUAAAGAUAAUUGAUAAUGGUUAAUGAUAAUGGAUAAUGACAUUUUUCCAAGGUGAUCAUGAACAGUAAGCAUGUCAUACAGAAAAACUGCUAUUUAAAAAUAAUUUGAAGUGCCUUUAAACAAGUGUUGCACAAAGUUAAACGAAGAUGCUGUGGCAAACAGAACUGAUCUAUUAACUAAAAUCAUAUUCUUCUGUAGCUGAGGCAUUUGUUUACAUCUUACAGCUAUGUGCAGACAGACCAGCCUGUUUUCCAUUCAUUACAUGGCAUUUAUUUUGUCAUAAUUGAAUGAACGGUUUAAUCUGUCUUAAUUUAUGGGUUUAUGCUGGCUUGCUUGUUUAUUUUUUUAUAUUCCUUAAUUAAUUCCAAUAAUAUAAAAUGAAAGGAUUUUACCAAAUUUCCUCCAUGGUAUUCUUAGUCCCUGGCCUAAUGAAACUAGUGUGAGGAUGUGUUUUUGCUAGAGUCUCCAAAGCACUCUCUGGAUUCAGUUGCUCUGGAUAAGGGCGUCUGCUAAAUGCUGUAAACAAUAAAAAUUUAAACUUGACAAUAUAUUCCAUAUAUUCAGUGCAGUAAUCCAUGCAAGUUAUAUGAUCUGAAGUAGAUCAGUUGUGUUUUUCGUUAGGCUUCUUAUGUGUAAAUUUUAGCAGGAUCCAAACAUUUUUUUCAAAAUUAUGAGAUUUUCAUGUAUACUAAAUUUCCUGUGUGGAUGCUCCUAUGAACAAUUUACAAACAAAUCCCUUUGUAUCUAGCUUGAUAAAUCCCUUUGUAUCUAGCUUGAUAAAUAAGUAAGUUAACCUCUAUCCAAAGAGAUCUUUGCUGCAUUCUCAGAGGCAGUGUGGAUGUCCCACAUAUUUCAGAUCAAGUUUACAGAGGAGACGACACCAUCCCUUUUUGCCCUUGGAGAGAGGAAGCGGGCUAAAAGCAGCAGUGUAGAGUGGAGUUCUGAUUUCUCACUGAUUUGAGAUUUCUAAUUUCCCUGUUCCAGUUAAUGCUCCAGGCUGAGAUUAACUCUCAUCGACUCGGACAUAAAUCUUAAAGCCAUAAUCCUCAGACCCUCACUCAGCACUGUUUUAUCAGUGAGCAGCUGAAACCAAAGCUUUCCUGGGGCCCGGAGAGUGGAGUGGACAUGCAAUCGGAUUUUCCUCAGAUGGCUUUGCUUUCAGUGUGUGAUCUUGGCACUAGUGUUUGUGUGUUAUCAUAGCAAAAUGAUUAAAUUAAGCAUUUUGCAUUGGGUUAUUAUCUGAAAAUCAUGAUUGGCACUGCAUGUUCUUGGUCUGUGUUUCAUUCUUGAUGAAAGAAAGGGAAAGGGUUUCAUGAGCCCAUUAUCUGGGUCAUGUUCUCAUCGAUAAAGAUUCUACAAAAACUAGAUCAAUUAUUAAUCUUGUAGACAAAAUGCUAUCUUGCUAUCAUGAAACAAAUAAGCCUACUGCAAGUCUGUCAGCGAGCUUUACCCCUCUUGAGAAGAUACCGAUCUCAAAGGAGGCUGAAAUGGUGAGCAGAUCAGAUUCCGUGGCAGUAAAGGAGACAAAGGAGGGGAAAAAAGAAUGAUCUGUUUAAAUUUUGGGUAGCUUGAAGAAUUUCUUUGUGGAUUAGUGUUUCCGCAACAGCAAAAGGCUCAUGCUGCAUUGUACUGCACAGGAGGAAUUUUAAUCCGCAGAUUGUAUGACAUGAACAAUAUUCAUUGCAGUGUUUGGUCAAUUUUCUAGGCUGCAAUACAAAGCAAUUGCACCACCUUUAUUUUAAUAGUUUUAGGACAUUAUUUAAAAAUAUGUAAUUAACAGGUGGAGUGUCAUCUGUGUGACAUUUAGAGAAUAGACUCUGCUUUGUGUAUGGUAUUCACAGAGGUGUUUCUGCUGUCUCUGUGCCUUGCCUGCAGGGGCGGCUGGUAGAAAUAGGCUAGCACAAAUAAAGUUUCUUUUUUGGCAUCCACAUUAGAUUAUUUUCUGUUAACACGUGUUUUAAGGUUGACACUUUUUGGACUUUUUGCAGAACAGCACCAGCAAUGGUCGGAAGAAGCGAAGCUAGGGCUGAUUUCUUUCUAGUCCAGACUGCAGAUCCAUUUAUCAGAUCCGUAACACGUCUUCAGCAGUGAUGUGAAACAAGCCGCGGGUGUAAUGAACACGAACGAGGUGGAUUAUUUAAUGUAUCAUUUUUUAAUCUCCAAAGUGCCUUUGGAGGAGAAACUAAAAGCAGAUUGACUAAACACACAUUGUCCAAAGUACAAAUUACACACAAGGACAGAACUGUAAUUUUAGUCUUUCUGGUUUGAACAAAAGGACUACCAUAUUUGGCAUGAAGCUAGUAAAGUAUUAGACUUGAAACAUUUUAGUGUGUGUGUAAUAGUUUGCCCUACAUCUUAUUCUUAUUAUGUCAUCGAUGAGACCUCACAGUGUAAUGCAUUACUCAGCUGUAAUAGUUUCAUUGUUGAGCUACUGAUUGAUAUUAGAUUUUAUCCCUCCCUUUAUCAUCUAAUUUAGUCAGAGAGAGAGCUCUCAAAUGUAGCUCUGAGUGCUGCUCUUCUCUGUGCACGCUGUUCCAUCUGAGCCCUGUUCAGUCCCACAUCACCUCAGGGGCAGGGCUUCCAUCCAAACCCAGGAGUGAGGAUUGGAUUUGUCCUCCUUUUCCAGUCGUAACUGGACACGGCAGCAUCCACAUCCUUUCUGCUGCAGUAGUAGCUUGUUGGAAAUGCUCGUGGUAGACUCAUCUGAAUCUGGAUUUUUAAAGGAGAGGAGGAGCUGUGUUUGCUGAGCCUCGACUUAUGGAUGGAGGGGUCUGUAUGCAGCGUGACAGGUUGCCUGUGUGUGUGUUAAGUGGUGUCCACCUAAAGCGUGCGUCAGUGUGGUGCAGGCUGGCCUGAUGAAGCAGGGAAGGUUGCGGUGUGGUGAGGAGUGACUUUUUUCUCUCUUUUUGCUAACUCUGACCUGUGACGAGAACGAUCAGACGCGCAGCGGCCUCAACUCCAGGGAACUGGUGUAUCGUGUCCAGAUCUGUUGCCAGGGGAAGAAGUGGAUUGUGAAGCGGUCAUAUGAAGACUUUCGUGUGCUCGACAAGCACCUCCAUCUCUGUAUAUAUGACAGAAGGUUUUCUCGCCUCACAGAGCUUCCUCGAUUUGAAAACCUGAAAGUCAAAUCAGAGCCACUUUCCCAGAUGCUUACUGCCUAUCUUUCCCGACUCUCAACCAUCGCUGACAACAAGAUAAACUGUGGGCCUGCCCUGACAUGGAUGGAGAUUGAUAAUAAAGGAAACCGCCUGCUGGUCCAUGAUGAGUCCUCCAUUAAUGUUCCAGCUGUCGCUGCUGCUCACGUUAUAAAGCGCUAUAUUGCCCAGGCUGCCGAUGAGCUCUCUUUCGAGGUUGGAGACAUAGUUUCAGUCAUUGACAUGCCUCCGAAGGAAGACACUGGAUGGUGGAGAGGAAAACAUGGCUUUAAGGUGGGCUUUUUCCCUUGUGAGUGUGUGGAACUAAUCAGUGAGAAAGUUCCUCCAAGCGUGACCGGUUCACUGCCAAAACCAGUGUCUAAUAAGCAUGGGAAGCUGAUCACAUUCCUGCGUACUUUCAUGAAGUCAAGGCCUACUAAACAGAAGCUGAAGCAAAGAGGCAUCCUGAAGGAGAGGGUGUUUGGAUGUGACCUGGGAGAGCACCUCCUCAAUUCAGGUCAUGAUGUCCCUCAAGUCAUCAAGAGCUGCACUGAGUUUAUUGAAAAGCAUGGGGUUGUAGACGGCAUUUACCGCUUGUCUGGGAUUUCCUCGAACAUUCAGAAACUGCGGCAUGAGUUUGACUCAGAACACAUUCCAGACCUCACUAAGGACACGUAUAUCCAGGACAUCCAUUCUGUAGGGUCCCUGUGCAAGCUCUAUUUCCGUGAGCUUCCGAACCCCCUGCUCACCUACCAGCUCUAUGACAAAUUCUCAGAAGCGGUAUCAGGAGCUACAGACGAUGAAAGGCUGGUCAAAAUCCAUGACGUCAUUCAGCAGUUGCCUCCUCCACACUACAGAACUCUCGAGUUCCUUAUGAGGCACUUGGCUCGUAUGGCGACCUUCAGUUAUGUCACCAACAUGCACUGCAAGAACUUGGCAAUUGUCUGGGCUCCCAAUCUCCUCAGGUCAAAACAAAUAGAGUCAGCCUGCUUCAGUGGCACAUCUGCCUUCAUGGAGGUGCGCAUUCAGUCAGUGGUAGUGGAGUUCAUCCUCAAUCACGUCGAUGUCCUCUUCAGCCCCAAACUCAGCACUCUGAUCCGUGAAAGCACAGGCAACACCACUGUGUCCCGGCCCAAGUCUCUGCUCGUGUGCUCACCAUCCACUAAGUUGCUGUCUCUAGAAGAGGCACAAGCCCGCACUCAGGCCCAGCUCGCCUCUCCUGUCUCCCCUGAAAGCAAGUACAUCGAGGUGGGAGAGGGUCCUGCUGCCCUGCAGGGAAAAUUCCACACCAUCAUUGAGUUUCCCAUGGAAAGAAAGAAGGCCCAGACAAAGGUAAAGAAAUCUCCUGUGGCAAGCUGGCGUUCAUUCUUCAGUAUGGCAAAAUCCUCUACCACCGCCAAGCGCAAGCUGCUCCGUCAUCCCAGUGAGCCCAAUAACAUGAAGACCUCACAGGCACUCCCAGGUGGUAGAGGAGAUACUGGAACACUACGAUCAUCUAAAAGUGAAGAAUCUCUGUCGUCAAAUAAUCUUGAGGAUGGAUCAGCAAUGUAUCAGGCACGCAGGCCCCGCUCUACUAGUGUUGCCUUGUCCACUUCCUUCAACGAAGAGCUGCUAAACAGCCGAGUCCACAGGGAUUCUCAGUUAAGCCAUAAAGACAGCAAAGACACAGCUUUGUCCACCACUUGUGUGCCUGCUCUCAUAUCGACCCCACACUCCGCUGAUGCAGAUAUUGGCAAGGCUUCUCUAGACUUUGACCCAAUUUCGUUUCAGUGCAGUACAACACCAAUUGAAGCUUCUGUGUUUGAAGAAAGAAAAAGAGGCAGCAGACGGAAGACUGGAGGCAGUUCCAGUGAAUCAGAAACCUUGAAAAAAGUUACCCCUACAAGACCAUCUGAUGUGAUCCCAACAGUUUCAGAGGACACAAAUUAUAAGCACUCAAUGUCAGCGAAAUUUCCAACAACUAUUAUAGCUAAAGAAGAGCUGAAGUCCUCUUUGACUGCUCCUGUGGGUCUCACCCAAAAACCCGAGGUUGCUUUAGAGAUGAGAACUCUGUCUGUGCCUCCCACUGAAGUGUUGUCACCCUUGGUCAAGCCCAGUGAGUCAACAUGGGGACAGGAUUGUCAAAACAAGCCUUCCUCUUCACUCCAGACAGAGGCUGAAAGCCUUGAUGAAACUCACAGUGAGGAAACAAGACCAGUGAAACAAACAGAAUCAGGUGCUGUGACCUUUGACUGCACUCCAGGGCUGGUAAGAUCAGUGUCUCUCAUAACCUCCCAGCCUGCUGUAAAGAGUGCUGCCCGUAUGCUGGCUCUGGCCUUGGCUGAAUCUGCGCAACAGGCCACCUGGUUGAGGAAACGAGGGAGUUCAGAACCACCGACUCCUGUUUCUCCGAGUCACCUCCAGGACCCACUCUCCAUACUGCAGUGGCCUCCAAAACCUUCUCUACAAGCCCAGACAUCAUCCGCCAGUAGAGGACAUUGCUGUAGCACCUGCAAAACUUUUGGAAAACCUUCAAGCGUCAUCUCUACAGGAAGUUACACCGAUGCCGGCAGCCUGCAGAGCACCUGCGCAUGUCAUGGCAGUGAGAGCGGACUUAGCUACUCUGAUGGAGGUGAUGUUUCUGCUGAAAGUCAUGAAACAAAUUUGCCCCGCCAGGACUUACCUGCUGUUAGUAGUUUAGAUGCUAAGCAGGAUGCUGAAAGCCAUGUGCCCAUGAGAGAAAAUGUCCGCCAUGUUGGAGUUGGUACAGAUGGUGGUAGCCCAGACCAAAGCUCUGAGAUGGACUCAUACAAGAACCUGAUGCCCUCUCCCUCACAGACAGAGACAUCACUCCACACCACUAACAGCCAGUCAGCCAGGGCUUCUCUUCUCAAAAAGCAAGCUGCCAAUGCUUCCAACUUCCGUGUGAUAUUAGCUGAAGCUUCUAUGCCAGCUUCAGUGCAUGAUGUUCUUCCACAAUCUCCAGUUUCUCCACUGACUUCCAAUUACCAGUGCAGCCCCAAAGAGGAGAUGUUGAGGCCAUUAGGUCAAAUGUCCUGGUCUGGUCCUUUUGCACAGACCAGUUCUUUUCAGCCUGAUUAUAUGCAGUACCAAGCUAAGAUCUUCUCCAAGGACCACUACAACACCCUGGCACCAAGGUCCCUCCAUCAAUCCAUUAAAUACAAGAGUCCACAUAGGAAUGAACACUCUACAAGCUUCCGUUAUAGACAUGGCGGCCCAAGAUACCCACCAAUGGAUGGUGCGUCUGUAUAUCCCACUAUUCGUAGAGUGCGCUCCAUGCAUGCACCACCAGAGGACACGUUUUUCUUCCCGCAUCCAUCUUACCAGAACAGUACUUACCGCAGACAGGUUCUCUCGGAUAUCCACCAAGUGAGGCCUUAUUUUGAGGAUGGUAAAGUUCAAUAUAGGUACAAGCCCUAUUCAGGAGCGCCGUAUAACAAUCUGGAUCAGUAUCGAGUAAGCAGUCAUGGAUACAGCCACUCUUACACCCUCUUCAGGCGGCCUACCUAUCCUGGUAGAGUGAUGAGCAAAGCUGAGAACUAUCACAGCCCCCUCAUCAACAUACCCUUUAGCAGAGAAGCUAGUUUUAUAAAGCAAGGCACUGGCCAUUUUCCAAGAACAAGAAAUGUUGGUCUGUAUGAGGGUUCUGAUGCCGGAUUAUCAGAUCGACGUUUCAGUCCAUCUGUCAGACAAGGAAAUAUAGAGAAGAAGAGACUGCAAGAUGUUGUCCCCCAGCCCCAUCUUCAGAAAGAGAGCCAGAGGGGCCAAGAAACAAUGCACACCAGGAGUAAAUCUGAUUCGGCCAAAGAUCUGCUUAUUUCUACUGAAGGGGCUGAUGGGAAAUACAGGGUUACCAUGGUGUCCCAUUACUCCCCUGAACACCCACUCUCUGAAACUAAUGUACCCCUUCCCACCCAGGCAGAGAAACAGAGGAGUGGGCACAGUACCAAACCUGCCCUGAUGCUAAAGCAGAGUCGGUCUAUGCAGAACUACACACAGCACACGCUAGAGGCCUUGCCACAACCACGUAAGCUAACUCUGCAUAAAGAAUACAGCUGCCCUGAUUUUAAACACACCGAUACUUCUGAGCACAACAGUGCCCGACUUCACAGCCAAGAUAAACUGAUUAGGAUCCACGGCAGCCAUCCUAAAGAGGACUUUCAAUAUGCUUGGGUUAAGGGACGUGAUUUGCAAAGAUCAGCGAGGUCACAAAGCAUGAAAAGUCAUCAACAACCCAGACAUGCCAAAACGACUCUGGAGCAUGAUCAUAGAUUUUCAUAUGCUGUCCAGAGCAGGCCAAGGACUCGUAGCAUGUUUGCACCAUCUCGUACUGAUUACAUGGAUGGUUAUGUGUCUUUGCAGCCCAAGGUACACGGCAUUUUCCCAAACUAUGGCUGCAUGCCCCCUCAUAGUAACAGACUGUACUCUACAGCUAUGGGUAGAGGACGCUUUCUUCACUCUGAGAUUAGGCCUGAGACAGAAAUAUAUGCUGAAUGAUAGCUAUUUAUGGAUGUGUAUGGGAAAAAAUAGUGGUAUUGUACACAGUUUAUUAUAUAAAAGAAAGAGAAGCAUUACAUGUAUUUUAAUAUGGUGUGAAAUUUUACUUGUACAUUAUCCCAUAAUAAUACACAUCAAAUUACACCAUCAGUCAUAGAGCUUGGCGACAUCACAUUAAUGUCGAGUCACUUAGCAUUUUUACUGAUUAUGAAGAACAUGUCUGUAAAUUAUUUGUAAUAGCUAAAAUAAGUCAUUUUGUUCAAUAAGUCAUUAUAAGUCAUUCUUCAGCUGUUACUAGUUUCAUAGCUAUGAAAUAAAUCUACUGAAAUAAAUUUCAACAUAACAUUUAAAUGUAUACUUGGUCUUACAAGGUAUUAAUUAACUGAUAAAACUGGUAUUUGGAUAGCCUUUGUAUUUCUUCAAGCUGCUUCAAUGUUAUAAAACAACACCAAAUGUCAUCCAAGGAACAGUUUCACAAAUUCUUACUGUGUAUUUUUUUAAUGUGUCUUUUUUGUGUCUUUUUAUAUAGUGACUCCAAAAUCUAUGCUGAUUUAAAGUGAAUAACAAUUUAUUGUUGUAGACACUGUAAGGCCCUGAUUUACUAAGAUUCAAAAUAAUUUGUGUGUGCAGUGGGAAAAAUUGCAUGGAUAGUGAGUGUGUUGAAGGUGAUUCACAAAAAAAACAAAAAACAAAUUGUGUAAAUUACGUCACAUGUGAGGUCAGUGAGCGAGUUAUGGUGAGUUCAAAUCUCAUAGAUUUCUGAAAUAAUAAAUUGAAUUUGAAAGUAUAACAAAGACUAGUAAGACGGGUUGAAAUAGUCUUCAAAAUGCAAUGUGAAUAAAUGAAUCAAAGAGUGUAAACGUUAAUAACUUUUCAAAAACUAUUUAAAUACCUUUGGCAUCAGAACAUGCAGUGAAUAUCUCAGAUUAAUCCCACUUUACUGUGGUAAUAUUGAAAUUUUGAAAAACUUUCUGAUUAUUUUCCUAAGGCACAAUUGUGCAAAACUUUCUCAUUAUUAAGAUAUUGUAAAAUGGUCAUUUCAGCUUCUGGAAAUUUAAUACAUACCUUUCAGUUAUAUAAAUUUGCACGCACUGUCCCUGAAGUGACUUUUAGGUAAAUCACACUGCGUGUGCAAAAUAAUUGAAAUGCUUUGACACUGCCAUGUAUUUUCCACCUUAAGGUACGAUCUCCCAAAUUGGAAAUCCAUUCAGGCAAACACACAAAAUUUUGCUCAUGUGAAAGACACAGUCUACCAUCGACUCAGAAAUUUCAAUCACUUUUGUUGUUGUAAAAAAUUUGCAUGUUUUCACACACAAAUUUUAAGUAAAUCAGGGCCUGUGUAUGAACUGCAUACCAUAUUCAUUACGCUUGGAAAGCUUCACUCACACAUUCUAGUUACAGGCGUUUUAAUUUGUUCUUUGAGAACCAGUUUGAUUAUUUGUACUUUUCUUUAAGAACAGAGGUCAAAGGAUCAAAAAUGCAUACCCAAUCCUGACCAAAAUUGAGCUAGCUCCAUUGCUUGAGUCAUUCUUCUUUCAUUAGUUUUGCAUCAAAGUUGUCAAAUGAAGUCAAAUGUAAUCCAAUUUAGCUUUAACACAAAAAGAGGUAUGUCCUAAAUGAAGCAGAAGUUGCUGUUUCAGCUGUAAUGUAUAUAAGUCUUGUGGUGUUGAAUAUAUUUUCCUGCUGUUUAUUGCUUGUAUGUAGUAGGAGGAUAGGCAAGCACUUUACGAUUAGACCCAGUCUGUGAAACAACCAGAUACUUUAAGAUAAUGAAUUCAAUGAAGAUAAUAUAAUUAUACAACUUCGGUAUGCAAUGUAGAGUUGAGGAUUGAGAAUAAGAGUGAUCCUGGAACUAAAAAUCAGGGUCAUGAAGCUGAAUUGACCAUUAAAUGGUUACAAAUGGGAAUAUAAUGUAAAUUCAUAUAUUUAUUUAAUUGAAAACAGAGUGGUUGAAAAUAUGUGUAAUCUUCGUUAUUCUAAGGAUUUUUAUGUUGUCUACUCGUUUUUUAUGUUGUACUGUUACUUUCAUUAAAUAUUCAAAAUGAUAAGAACUGUAUCCUUGUUUAUCAAUAUUAUGUCUGUCUUACAAAACUGCACAUGACUUGUAAUGAUAAUUGUUUUAUUGAUUUUAUUUUUAUCUAAAUUAGUUAAUACAGUGUUAUAGUCUAGGCCUGUGCUGAUGUUUACAUUUUCAUAGCAGGAUAUAAGUUAUUAGAUAAUUCUUUAUUGCUUUAUUAGACAUUUAACACUGUUGAAACACUCUCAGACAGCAACAAUAGCCUACCCUCAGUAACUGAAAACCAUGCUUUGACAGACAAAAAAGAAAUUAUGGGUUUAUCUGGGUAAAUUGCUCAAUGCAUAACACCAUGCAGAUACAGGUCAAGAGCUUCAGGUAAAGUUCACAUCAAACAUCAGAAUGGGCAAAAAAUGUGUUCUCAGUGACUUUGACCGUGACAUGUUUGUUGACGCCAGAGGGGCUGGGUUGAGAAUGUCAGAAGUUGCUGCUCUCCUGGGAUUUUCACACACAACAGUCUCUAGAGUUUACACAGAAUAGUGAAAAAUACAAAAAAAAACAAAAAAAAACCAUCUAGUGGGUGGCAGUUCUGCAGGCAGAAAUGCAUUCUUAAUGAGAGAGGGCAGAGGACAAUGGCCAGACUGGUUCAAGCUGACAGGAAGGCUACGGUAACUCAAGUAAUCAAUCUUUAUAACUGUGGUGAGCAGAAAAGUAUCUCAGAAUGCACAUCAAAAGAGUAUCCAUCCUCUUGGGGUGAUACAAGAUAGUGAGAUUAUAAAUCAUUACAUAUGUACAACAGUACAGUAUAAAGUCAAACAAGUGUGUAUUGAAAGGAUGUUCAGUAUGUGCAUAUUGUGAAUCCAGUCCUGGGAUGAACACAGGCUUUAUGAUUACAGCAGCAGCUCUUAAGUACAAGUCUAUAGUAUCCAUGUGAGAUUGUCCACUGAAGAAAGGGUGAUACAUGAGUGUAAGUUGUUUAUGGGAAGAUGGAUGGAAGUGGGACCAUCCACAGCAGCAGAAAGUUUAUCAGAAGUGCACAACUCUACCACCAUUGUCAAGUUUGCUGACCACACUGUUGUAGUGGGCCUGAUAUCUGAUAACGACGAGAAGUGCUACCUAGAGGAGAUUAAAAGCCUGGAGAACUGGUGCCAGGAGAACAACAAACAACAAUUGAUAGUGGACUUUAGCACAAAGCAGGAGAGGUGCUACCACCCCCUUAAGAUCAACGGGACCCCAGUGGAGAGAGUGGACAGUUUCUGAUACCUUGGUGUUCAUAUCAUGCAGGACCUGGUCCAUGGUCCUGUCACAUUAACUCCCUGGUGAAGAAGAAACCCUGCCAGCGUCUUUACCAGCUUAGACGCUUAAGAGACUUUAAACUGCCCUCUAAGGUGCUAAGGAACUUUUACCCCUACACCAUCGAGAGGUGCAUGACAGCCUGUUUUGGGUACAGCACCAAGCAGAAUAGGCGGGAUCUCCAGAGGGUGGUGCGAAAAGCUGAGCAAUCUGAACAAUGGACUCUUCUCUCUGUUGCGGUCAGGGGAGCACUUCUGCUCCCUGAAGGCCAACGCAGAGAGAGUGAGCAGGAGCUUCUUCCCACAUGCCAUUCGGACCCUCAACCAGGACAACACAUAGGACUAUUACUUGGACUUAUUUGCACAUCACCCGCUACCUCAGCCUGAUGUUGCAUAGCAUAUAUUGCACAAACAACUGCAUAUAUAUGCACCUUAUUCAAAAUACAGUUGUACCGUUUCUGCCACUGACCUUU